AACAAGAAAAUAAACAUAAAAGGAAAAAAAAAAAAUCAACAUGGAAAUGAAAAGCAUUGUUUCAGCACUCUUAUUGGUUUUGCCAUUUAUAGCACUGAAUGGAAAAGCACAAGAGCCUUUGGUUUAUGACAUCACAAAGUACGGUGCUAAACAAGGUGCCGAUAUCAGCAAGGCUCUCCUUGAUGCUUGGAAGGAAGCUUCGGCAGCGGAAAAUGCUAGUAAGAUCGUUAUUCCAAAGGGGACAUGGAUUCUAAGCCAAGUCAGAUUGACGGAAAACAAAGCCCCUCUAGAGCUCGAAAUCCAAGGCACUGUGCAAGCCUAUGCCGACCCCCAAAAACUGCCUAACAAACAAGGUGAAUGGAUCACCAUCAAUUACGUCAACUACUUCACCCUAUCAGGUGGUGGCGUUCUCGACGGCCAGGGCCACGAAGCAUGGAAGCAAAACGAUUGCAACAAAAAUAAAAAUUGCGUCAAGCUUCCCAUCAUUUUCGUCAACGGAACCGUCGAUCAUGUAUCUAUUUGCAAAAGUGGUAGAGGCGGUAUAUUAAUUUGCAAAAUUUCAAAGAACCUGAGCUUGAAUUUCAUCAACAACUCGGUAAUCCAUGAUCUGACCACUAAAGACAGCAAGAACUUCCACGUGAACUGCAUCUCGAGUCACAAUGUGACCUUCCAGAGGUUCCACGUGUCAGCCCCUGGGGAGAGCAUCAACACCGAUGGGCUCCACCUGGCACGCUCCUCCUUAAUCAGUGUUCUCGACUCUGUCAUCGAGACAGGGGAUGACUGCAUCUCCAUAGGGGAUGAGAGCUCCGAGUUCCACAUACAGAACGUCACAUGCGGACCGGGCCACGGCAUCAGCAUCGGAAGCCUCGGAAAAGGUGCUCAAGAGAAGGAUGUCACUGGAAUCUACGUCAAAAACUGCACUUUCAAACAGACACAAAACGGCGUUAGGGUAAAAACGUGGCCAUCCGCCCCGGCCACGCUCAAGGUCAGCAAUCUGCAUUUCGAGGACUUGAUCAUGGAAAAUGUGAGCAACCCUAUAAUCAUCGACCAAGAAUAUUGUCCAUGGAAUCUAUGCGACAAAUCAGACCCAUCCAAAAUCCAAAUCAGUGACGUCAGCGUAAAGAACGUACGCGGAACAUCCAGCACAGCGGAGGUCGUGACUUUUGCAUGCAGCUCGGGCAAGCCGUGCCAGAAUGUGGAGAUUGGUGACAUUGAUCUUGGAUUCAUCGGGACCAUUGGCAACAUUACAACCAUUUGCUCGAAUGUGAAACCCACUGUUACAGGAAAAAUGAACCCGCCACUAUGUGCUUCCCCUCCGGCGGCACAGACGGCUUAACUGAUUCAUGCAUGCAUUUAUUAGGAAUGGAUUAUCCAUGAAUAAUUUUGUAUUUUAUUUUAUUUUCCAACGGGAAUAAAUUGUACAAGUUGUGAGUUUGUACUAUUUACUAUU